ACUUGCACACGGUCUACAAACGACAAUGUAUGGGAUAUUCUUUCUUGUAUUUGUUAGCAUUGCCAGUCCCUUGGUAUCCGAAGACCCUCAUAAAUGCGAGAAAGAUGUCUGCUGUUCGGGUUAUAGAAUGAAAACAACACCUGCGUUGAAUGUAAGGCUGGUACCCACGGAAUUAACUGCAGUGAAACAUGUCCCUUGGGUUAUUUUGGAGUACAGUGUAAAGAAAUGUGUACACCGGAAGCUGGUGAAAAUUGUAGCAGCAAAGCACCACUGAAUCAAGUUCACGAACAGACAACAGAAAUGGAAUCUACAGGGAAGUUCACGAAGAGGCCGUACGACAUUGGGAGGGAGGAGAGUUGGACUCACAGCUUAGAUUAUAUAUCUGGAAUAUUUAUUUUACAUAUUGUGCUCAUUGUUUCAAUAUUUGGACUAGUGUUUGCUGCUUUCUACACCGCAUGGAAAAUAAGAAUACUCUUUGGAAUAAUUAAAGAUUACCGGAAGACAAAGUCAGAUGCAUGCAUCAGAUAUAGGACACGGGAAAGUGGGAGGAUAUCUCAAUACAAUGGCCUUGGCUACCAAUCUGCUGUCGAUGGAGGAUCUGAUUACAUUUUGCCAGUGUCUGUUGGUCAAAUUGAACAGUAUAGAAAUAUUGUGUAGAUGACAACACUAUUGCGUGAACCUACCUCUGGAUUUCCAUUGUAGGAAAAUACUAAAAGAACUGUCGUAGCACCGCCACCAAUUCUACUUGAAAAAAUUGCGUUUACCAGUUUAUCAUCCAUCUGCUAGAUUUGUAUGAGUAACGAGAUUGAUCACUGUUCCUUAUGUUAACCUUUCCAUUCUUAUAUAUACAUUCUCUCCCAUAUAUAUAUAUUGACGAUCCUUCUACGUAAAAGUUCCUUCUACAAAAACACGAUUACAAAUAGUGUAACUUGUUUAGCUUUGGACAGCAAAUGAUCUAAUUUGCUGUAAUGUAUAUUUCAUUUCAUAAAAUGUUUCCGCCGC